AUGCCAGGCCGCCAAUCUCACGGCCGCCCCCUCCUCCCCACCUCCGGAGGGGGCAACAGCAACAGCGGCGGCAGCAAGAGCAAGUCCCACGCCAAGCAUUUCAAGAAGUCGCGCGCCAAAGCCACCGCCAAAGCGCUCGACGCCUUCGCCAUCGCAGCCGAGCAGGUGCCCGAGUCGACCCGUGGCGUGCGUACGCGCGGGCUGGAAGAUAGGUCGUCAUCGUCGUCGCAUCCCGCGAAGCGCCAGAGGCGGGACGAGGACGAGGACGAGGACGAGGAAGAUGGCGGCGAUGACGACUUUGAUGCAGCACCCAAGAAGAGGGCGAGGAGGGAUGAAGGUGGUGAAGACGGGUUCGCUGGGUUUUCAGAUGAGGAUGGGGACGGCGGGAGUGAGAGUGAGGAGUGGCAUGUUGGCGUUGGAGGGGAAGAUGAGGACUCGGAGCUUGACUCGGACGAGGCGUUUGGGGAGAGUGAUGAGGAGCGGUUUGAGGGGUAUGCUUUUGGGGGGAGUAGUUCGAAGGGGAAGAAGGGUAAUAAGAAGAGGAGUGUUGGCGAGGAAGAGGAUGGCGAGGAUGAGGAAGGGGAGGAAGGGGACGAGGAGGAGCUCGAGUCGCUUGGCUCCGACGCCAUUGACCUUGCGACUGCGCUGGAUCAGUACUCCGAGGAUGAGGAGGGCGAGGAACAGGAAGGAUCGGCAUCCGAAGAGGAGGAUGAAGAGUCUACCGAUGGGGAUGACGAGAGCGAAGAGGACGAAGGCGAGGACGACCCGUCGAAGCUAGAUGCGCUACAAAGCAUGAUCGCUGGGUUUGCUGGCCAAGACGAGGAGGAAGAGGAGCAAAACGGGACGCAGAAUAAGACCAGGCUCAGCCUGAAGGAUCUUGGGCUGGCAGGCGUCAAGGACCCCCACAUCAAGCGGUCGCUGCGGCUGAUGAACAAAGAAGAAAAGGCCGUCAAGCCUGGCUCCUCCAAGAAGCUUGCCGUUCCCCUGGCCAAGCGCCAGCAAGACCGUCUUCUCCGCGCCGCCGCCUACCAGAAGACCAACGAGACGCUCGACCGGUGGAUAGAGACUGUCAAGCACAACCGACGUGCGGACCAUCUGUUCUUCCCCCUCGCUCAAAACGUCCAUGACGCUGGCUUGGACGGUGGUGAGCUCAGGCCCAUUACUGAGAAAACGUCUGGAACGGAGCUGGAAAAGACCAUCCUGGCCAUCAUGGAGGAGAGCGGGCUUGGACCAACCGCCAAGCCUGAGAAGAAGGCGGACGGCGAAGGCGUUGGACAGUCCGGAUUAACGGAGGCGGAGCAGAGAGAAAUUGCCCGGCAGCGGCGGCGGGAGCGGGAGCUGCAUUCGCGCGAGUUGGCUCGGCAGAAGCGCAUCAAGAAGAUCAAGAGUAAGGCCUACCGUCGCAUUCACCGCAAAGAGCUUCUUCGCGAGGAACAGGCGGAACGUGAGGCGGCAUUGGCGGCCGGCGAGCUGGACUCGGAAGACGAACGCGAGCUCCUCGACCGGAGACGCGCUGAGGAACGCAUGGGCACCCGGCACAGAGAAAGCAAGUGGGCCAAGCUGGGCAAGAAAGCCGGGCGUGCGGUGUGGGAUGAGAACUUCCGUGCCGGCCUUACCGAGAUCGCUCGGAGGAAGGAAGACUUGCGCCGUCGCAUCGAAGGUCGGGCCGGCGGUUCGGAUAAUGAGGACGAUGAUGGAUCUGAUGUCUCGGAAGCCUCCGGAGGAGGUGACCCGCGGCGCCGUCUUCUGGCAGAACUCGAGCGUGCAGCGACCUACGACGAUGACGACGAGCCACGGUCCAAGCUUAUGCAGAUGAAAUUCAUGCAGCGAGGCGAGGAGCAGCGCAAGAAAGAAAAUGACGAGGCCAUCGCUGAACUUCGUCGCCAGCUAGACUCAGAUAAUGAAGGGGCUUCGGAUGCUGAAGAGACGGAGAUUGGCCGUCGGCAGUAUGGGAUGGGCAACACUACUCAAACCAACCAAGCCAAGAAAGCCAAACCCGCCGACGCUCGUGGGUCGGCCAGCUUGACGGCAGCAGUAGAAUCGACGUCGCAAACUCACCCCGGCGCGCAGGCUGAAUUGCGCUCUUCGGCCGCUGGCGCAAGUGGUGCGUGGACAUUGGCGGAACCGGUGCCGUCAGCAGCUGGCUCUGCUGGUGUUUGGGCUCAAGCUGAGCCGUCUGGCGGGAGGAGUAAAAAGGCAAACAAGACAAAGACCGUGGAAUUGGACAUCUCCAACGCUGCGGUACUUGCCACCAAGGCGCCUAAGCCCAAGGCUACGUCCCAAAACAAUCCUACUGCGGCCGACGGCGUUCAAGACUCGGACGGCGAGGCUGAUCUCCACCUUCCCAUGGCCAUCCGUGACCAGAAGUUGAUUGAGCGGGCUUUCGCCGGUGAAGACGUCCAUGGCCAAUUUGAGGAAGAAAAGGCCGAGAUUGAGAAGGAAGACGACGAAAAGGAAAUCGACAAUACCCUUCCCGGCUGGGGCAACUGGGUUGGCGAGGGCGUCAGCAACCGCGAGAAGAAGCGGCAUCAGGGGCGGUUUAUCACCAAAGUCGAAGGUGUAAAGAAGAAGGACCGCAAAGACUUCAAGCUGAAGGACGUCAUUGUCAACGAGAAGCGGGUUAGAAAGAACGAUAAGUACCUUGCCUCCGGGCUGCCCCAUCCAUUCGAAUCGCAGCAGCAGUAUGAGCGGUCGCUGCGGUUGCCUGUCGGCCCUGAAUGGUCGACCAAGGAGACAUUCCAGGACGCCACGAAGCCGCGUGUUAUCGUCAAGCAGGGCAUCAUUGCGCCCAUGUCGAAGCCCAUGUAUUAG